GGCGGUGGCGCCUCCGGGCCCGACGCGCUGCAGCCUCCAGUCCGCGGCAGGCGGGGCAGCUGCGCCUCUCGGACCCGCGCCCCAGCCCGCAGCCCCGCGCGCCGUGCCUAGCCCGUAGCCUUCCCUGCGCGGGCCCGCUGGGCCGCCCCGUCGCGCUCCGCUCUGAAUCAAGUCACCGUGGAGCGCCGCCGUCGCUGCCCCGCCACUUUCACCCGGAGCUGGAAAUAUGGGAUGUAUAAAAUCAAAAAGGAAAGACAAUCUGAAUGACGAUGGAAUAGAUUUGAAGACUCAACCAGUACGUAAUACUGACCGAACUAUUUAUGUGAGAGAUCCAACGUCCAAUAAACAGCAAAGGCCAGUUCCAGAAUCUCAGCUCUUACCAGGACAGAGGUUUCAGACUAAAGAUCCAGAGGAGCAAGGAGACAUUGUGGUAGCCUUGUACCCCUAUGACGGCAUCCAUCCAGAUGACUUGUCUUUCAAGAAAGGAGAGAGGAUGAAGGUCCUGGAGGAGCACGGGGAGUGGUGGAAAGCUAAAUCCCUUUCAACAAAGAGAGAGGGCUUCAUCCCCAGCAACUAUGUAGCCAAAGUCAACACCUUGGAAACAGAAGAGUGGUUUUUCAAGGAUAUAACCAGGAAAGAUGCAGAAAGGCAGCUUCUGGCCCCAGGGAACAGCGCUGGAUCUUUUCUCAUCAGAGAAAGUGAAACAUUAAAAGGAAGCUAUUCUCUAUCUGUCAGAGAUUAUGACCCUGUGCACGGUGAUGUCAUUAAGCACUACAAAAUUAGAAGUCUGGACAAUGGGGGUUAUUACAUCUCUCCACGAAUCACAUUUCCUUGUAUUAGUGACAUGAUUAAGCAUUACCAAAAGCAGUCGGAUGGUUUGUGCAGAAGACUGGAGAAGGCAUGUAUCAGUCCCAAACCACAAAAGCCGUGGGAUAAAGAUGCCUGGGAGAUCCCACGGGAGUCCAUUAAGUUGGUGAAGAGGCUGGGUGCUGGACAGUUUGGGGAAGUCUGGAUGGGUUACUACAACAACAGUACCAAAGUGGCUGUGAAAACCCUGAAACCAGGCACUAUGUCAGUGCAGGCAUUCCUGGAAGAGGCAAACCUCAUGAAGACCCUUCAACACGACAAGCUGGUGAGGCUGUAUGCCGUGGUCACCAAAGAGGAGCCCAUCUAUAUCAUCACCGAGUACAUGGCCAAGGGCAGUUUGCUGGAUUUCCUGAAGAGUGACGAAGGGAGCAAAGUGCUACUUCCAAAGCUAAUUGACUUUUCUGCUCAGAUCGCAGAGGGAAUGGCCUACAUUGAGAGGAAGAACUACAUUCACCGAGACCUACGAGCAGCUAAUGUUUUGGUCUCCGAGUCACUCAUGUGCAAAAUUGCAGAUUUUGGCCUUGCUCGAGUAAUUGAAGAUAACGAGUACACAGCAAGAGAAGGUGCCAAAUUCCCCAUUAAGUGGACAGCUCCAGAGGCCAUCAACUUCGGAUGUUUCACUAUUAAGUCUGAUGUGUGGUCCUUUGGAAUUCUCCUGUAUGAAAUCGUCACCUAUGGGAAAAUUCCCUACCCAGGGAGAACUAAUGCCGACGUGAUGACCGCCCUGUCCCAGGGCUACAGGAUGCCCCGCAUGGAGAACUGCCCGGAUGAGCUCUAUGACAUCAUGAAAAUGUGCUGGAAAGAGAAGGCAGAAGAGAGGCCAACGUUUGAUUAUUUGCAGAGCGUCCUGGAUGAUUUCUACACGGCCACGGAAGGGCAGUACCAGCAGCAGCCUUAGGGCGGCGGGCUCGGAGCCAUGGACAAGGAUGGCGGCCUUCCUCAAGAAGAAAAAAUAGCGGUUGCUGAUCGCACGAGAUGUUUCAUGUGCUGCCGUCUAUCAUCUCCGCUUCCUGCAAGUGAGGCCGGAAUACUCAGGAAGAGCGCUUUCUACGUAGAAAAGUGUUCCCUUCUCAUAGGCUGACGCCCACUGGUUUGCGGCUUGGACGACUCCCAGCUGGCAAUCCGGCUUUACUAGACCAACGUCGGGAUAUAGUCUUCUGAGAAAACACCAGUUCUAUUCGAAAGGCACCCACGUUGGCCUCUCGUUUACAAUUCGAUAUGCAACUCAAAGGUUUAGAGGUCAUCUCAAUGACCCGGAUGAGCUCUAUGACAUCAUGAAAGGCAAGAGGUGCAUCUCAAUGAAUCCCAAAUAGUAGAACUAAUAAACUCAUUUGCAAAAGUGAAAUAACCAGAUGCGUAUGACACACCUUUGUAUUUUCUCUAUGCUUUGGCUUAUUUGUUAAGAAAUUACUAACCCAACGUGUUUGAUUUUGCAGGUGAAGUCAGAAGCUUAAAAAUAUAUUUCCCAGAUUUCAUUGAUAUCCCCUCCCCCCUAAAACCUGAGACUGUCAAGCGUUUUCCUUCCACGGAGAUGCCCAGAGCCCCCAGUGUGUAGCUGCCUCCGUAGUACUCGUCUGGUCUGCUUCCUGUCGUAGCGUCUUUUGUGCGCACGCAGAGCAGUGGGUUCUGCGUCCUGGACCCUCCCCCGCAGCUGCCAGGCUCACCCAGGCCUCCCAGGAAGGGGAGAAGAGCCUCAGGGACUGCUCCACCUUAAGAAGGAAUAUUUUUAACAAUCCAGCUUUUCAAUUCCACAAUUUCCUAUAUACAGACUUUUUUUACAAUUUAGUUUGGAAGAACAAUAAAAUUCUAAUCUGCAGAAACUUACAGGGCCUUAAGAAACAUAGGAAUUUCCUUUAUCGCUUCAUAUGAUUUGAACAUUAUUUUAAUGAUCAAAUGUUAAUUUUAGUUGUACUUUAGAAAGUAAAAAUGACAUUUGGGGCUAUUUUUGUGAUUCAGAUAUUUUUCUAAACUGUGUAAGAAUGUGUGUGAGACUAUUUAUACAUGGAUAGGAAGGAAAAAUGAGUGACUAUGGAGGCUCAGAUGAGCCACUUUAGCAAGGGAUACAGAAGGUUUUGUUUACUAAAUUUUUUCUACUGUAACUUUGGGAAAUGCUGUAUCACAUCGUGUUUCACUUAUGCUGUUGUGUAUAUACCUAAUAUUUCUAUUUUUUGAUUUUAUUUUAAUACACCUGGCCCAGUAACA